AUGAAUCUGGUAAUAGUAACUCUUUUAAUUUCCUUAGUCCUCGCCACAGUACUUGCAAUUGCCUCCUUCUUUUUACCCCAGAUAACCCCCGAUUACGAAAAGCUCUCACCGUACGAAUGUGGAUUUGACCCCGUAGGGUCGGCUCGUCUACCAUUUUCCAUUCGCUUUUUCUUAGUUGCAAUCCUUUUUCUCCUCUUUGACCUAGAGAUUGCCCUCCUACUCCCCCUUCCAUGGGGGGAUCAACUGUCUUCUCCCCUAAUAACCUUCUUCUGGGCAUCAGCCAUUCUUAUGCUACUAACCCUCGGCCUAAUCUACGAAUGACUCCAAGGGGGCCUAGAGUGGGCAGAAU